AUCAUACCAGCAAACUUCGUGACCGACAUCGGCACCCUUGUUGCACUGUACCACGAUCCUUCUAUCGGCCAUUGAGCAAAGGUCAUUGCUGUCCUGGGGAUGCGUCGAUCACCAACCAUCUGUCAACGCUUGCUUGGUCUGCGCCCAGUCAACGCGGCCAGUCCUCGCCGGCUUAUGAUUGUGACGAGGCAUUUCGAUCUCACAAUAUUCACGCGCGGGCAUCACACCUCCCAAAUCAGUACACACGCAUACAGUACAUCUGAUAUCGCGGUUCAAUGCCGCGAGGAUCGACGCAGUGCGCAUGGUGGUGAAACGCUCGCUCAACGGAUCUCCCUUCGAUGUGGUGAGGUCACGUAUGGAAGUUGCGAGAACGAUGUGUCAGCGAUGCCGGUGACACCAGGCAUGAAUCUCACCGGUGGAUAUCGCAGGGUGUUGAAAGAAACAGAAGUCAUGCCGCACGGAGUCCAGUGGUCGGGCCACAGGGUGUCACACCCGGAAACCGUUGGAACGUCACACCUGAUUUGAUUCGAUUCAAUGCGAUUGAGAGGAUCGACACAUCAAAUGGGUGUUCGAGCAUGCCAGGCUACUCGUAGUACAAUCAUGGCGAAUCACACACGAGAGCGAGUGGAAGGGAA